AUGUCCUCCAGUCUGCCAGUCCUGGCUCCCCGGCUCCCGGGUUGUCCACCACCGGUGGAUGACAGGACAUACACAAAAGAGCACUCUGAGGAUGAGUGGGAGUCCAUGCGCGAAAUCAUCAAAAAGCUUUACAUCAAAGACAACAGGAAGCUCAACGAGACCAUGGCCAUCCUGCAGGCAAGAUAUGGUUUUGCAGCAACAGAACAGAUGUUUAAGAAGCGUCUAAAGAAAUGGAACUUGAGAAAACGUACCUAUCGAAAAGGUACAUCUAAUAAUUCUGCAGCGCCCACUCCUGUAGCAGAAGCCGGGAUGGGCACGCAUGCAAAGAUGGACACAGAAACAAGAGCCGAGACAGAGGACACUGAGACGACCUUUGAACACUCUGGCACAAGUACUGUCGAUGACCAGGACUCCUCUUCAUCUUCAACAUCACCAGAAGAGAUACAAGAUCAAGAAGACACGAGCACGGCCAUGACCCUGGUACGGCCUUCAAAUACAGGGCCCUACGCCAAUCUCGAGCAAGUCCUCGGCAGCGUCUUCAACUGGAGUCAGUCCAAGCUAGAAUUCCUCCCCAACAUAUCAGAUCCCAUGUCCGCCUACCUGGCAAACCCAAACUCACCCCCUAUUCAGGACAGCCGCACAAUGUACCGGAUUUUCGAGCUUGUUUUCGACCUCUGGUACCACGGUAAGGGAGACCUUGCGGGGAUGGCUGCACGACGAGGGUUCUACGUACUAGAGUUCGUUCUAAGCGAGGACCACCCCGACCUAAUCUGGCACGUACUAGAUACGAUCUUCGAUAUGGUGGACAGGGGGCAUCUCCAACUCAUGGGCCUGUUUGUGGAACAUGCGACAGUACUUGCAAAACGACAGCUUCCCGCCCAACAUCCUCUCCUUCUCAUCCUCCAACAACUACGGAAUGUCGAUUACCACUCGGACGAGGGGCGGAGUUACCUGUGCCACUUACUACGCCAAGCCUGGCUACGAAACGUCGAUCUUUUGGGGCAACACAUCGAAACCUCAGAUUCACAUCGGCUUUGGCUUUACGAACAACUAAUAUGGGAUGGAAGGACACGGCUGCGGAAAGGAAGCGAGCUAGGCAGGCGACAGGAAGCCAUGUACCAAGCCCUGGAGAGAAUGUCUAAAGCGCAGACCCAGACGUCAAAGGCAGUCGAUGCGGACUGGUUAAGAGUCGAGGCAUUGCGACUAGAAUUCACACAAAUGGAUGUCGGCGACAAAGUCAAAGCUGAAGAGCUUGCUGUCAACCUACUCGACCUCACCAGAACCGAUUCAGGACCCAGGUCCAACGACCGAUUUCACGCCUACGCAUGCAAAAUGCUGGCUCGAGUCCAGGAAACGAAGAAAGAUUGGGCCAUGGCUGAACAAAACCUAAAACAUGCCAUCUCUAAGAGAGAGUUAGCGCAUGGCGGCGACAACAACUUGCGCGUCAUCCGUGACAUGUGGGUGCUAGCAGCACAUUAUCAGAAAGCUGGACGAGUAGCGGAUGCCAGUAACAUCACGGCUGAUGCGUUGUCAAGAGCCCAGAGGUUUUUGGAGCAAGGGAUGGAAUGA